GGCUGCUUUAUGAAGCACUAUAUAUGUAUGGACACCAUUAAUUUUACUUAAAAAUGGGUCCAUGCAAAUUUGUAUUUCCGAUUUGAAUCUUCCGAUAUCGAACGUUUUAGUACAAUUACUUUAGAAGUCGAUUGAUCCCUUGAUUAAUCGUUUCAUGGCCUUGCCCAAAUGGGACUAUUUAUAAAGCGUAGUCUCUCCCUCCCUCUCCGAAAAAAGAAAAAAACACUGAAAUUAUAUAUCUUCAAAGUUUGAAGAUGGCAAGGAAUUUGGGGAAGGAGAAUUCCAGCUCGGUUCGGGAUCUUCAAGAUCUAAGUAUCACCGGCUCUGAUCAUAAGCCUACGAAGAAAACCAGAAAGGACAUCAACAGAGAUUACCUUAAGAGAAAGAAGAACAAGGCGAAAAAAUUGAAGGCAAAGAGGAAAAAACUUGAGAAAAGCAAUUCCCACCUUGAAGGACAAGCAUAUCAGUUGAGAAAGGAUCAGAAGGAAGCUAGAGAAGAAAAUAUCAAACUGAUGAUCGUGCAAAAGAGUCAAAGUGAUUCUAUGCUUGAACUAGAGAAGAACCUGAUUGCCUUAGGUGAAAAGAUUAAUGCCUUGAAAGAGGAACAUGCACAUGAGAUUCAUGCCUUAAAAGAGGAACAUGCACAGGAGAUUCGUGCCUUGAGAGAGGAACUUGAAUGGCAGAUGAAGAUGUGCAGCUCGCGGCACAUAGACGUUGGGCAAAUUGAGAACGCCAGAGAGAUGAACAACCCCAUGGAGACACCUACCACUGCUCAGGCCACCAGCUACUUCUUCAACGCUGACCACUUCGCAUCCCAAAUGGCCUAACUCGGCAAGACAUAUGUAACAGGGGUAAACAUUUUGAACUACUAAACCCUUAUUUUAUAUUUUCGAGUGUGGAUUCCCUAAGCCUCAAACUGUACUGAGAGGCAUGAAUAAUUGCAAGAUUGACACCAUCUUUGUGAGACAAUGUGGUAUUUUAUCGUAUGGGCUGCGAUCAGCCUAUUCGAUGUUCUCUUUAUUAUGUAAUCGUAUUUUAAUCUGUUUGUUUUAGUAGUUGUGUUUACGGUUGUGAUUAAA